ACGAUUGCUAAGCAUGACAGCAAAGGUAGUUCUGCCAAGAAGGGCCGAUCCUGCUGAGCUCAAGGCCAUUUUUCUCAAGUAUGCCAGCAUUAGCAAGAAUGAUGAGCAGUACAUGUCCCCGGAGGACUUUGUGGCCCGCUUCCUCCAUGCGCACACAGACACCCGCCUGUCCAGAGAGGCCACGACUCUACUGGCGGGGGUGGUGGACCAGACAAAGAAUGGGUUGAUUUCGUUUCCGGAGUUCUUGGCCUUCGAGUCGGUGCUCUGUGCUCCCGAUGCCCUCUUCAUGGUCGCCUUCCAGCUGUUUGACAAAACUGGCAACGGCGUGGCCACUUUCGAGGACGUGAAGCAAGUGUUCAGCCAGACCAGCAUCCACCAGCACAUCCCCUUCAACUGGAACUCUGAGUUUGUGCAGCUGCACUUUGGCAGGGAGCGCAAGAAGCACCUGAGCUACGGAGAGUUCACCCAGUUCUUGCUGGAGAUGCAGCUGGAGCAUGCCAGGCAGGCGUUUGUGCAGCGGGACAAGGGCUGCAGUGGCACCAUCACGGCGCUGGACUUCAGGGACAUCAUGGUCACCAUCCGCCCGCACAUGCUCACUCCCUUCGUGGAGGAGUGCCUGGUGGCGGUGGCUGGCGGUAGCACGUCUCAUCAGGUCAGCUUCUCCUACUUCAACGGCUUCAACUCGCUGCUCAACAACAUGGAGCUCAUCAAGAAGAUCUACACCACUCUGGCUGGACACCACCGCGAAGUGGAGGUCACCAAAGAGGAGUUCAUCAUCGCUGCCCAGAAGUUCGGGCAGGUGACGCCCAUGGAGGUGGACAUCCUGUUCCAGCUGGCCGACCUGGUCGAACCGCGGGGACGUGUCGGAUUGGCAGACAUCGACAAGAUCGCGCCCUUGGAGGAAGGGGCCCUGCCAUAUAAUUUAGCAGAAGUCCAGCGGCAGCAGACGGGUGGUGGCUCUCGGCCCGUCUUGGUCCAGGUGGCCGAGUCGGCGUACCGCUUCAUGCUGGGCUCCGUGGCCGGAGCGGUGGGCGCCACGGCCGUCUACCCCAUCGACCUGGUGAAGACGCGCAUGCAGAACCAGCGCAGCACGGGCUCCUUCGUGGGCGAGCUCAUGUACAAGAACAGCUUCGACUGCUUCAAGAAGGUGGUGCGCUACGAGGGCUUCUUCGGCCUGUACCGAGGUUUGCUGCCGCAGCUUCUGGGUGUGGCGCCCGAGAAAGCCAUAAAGCUUACAGUGAAUGACUUUGUCCGUGGGAAGACGAUGCUGAAGGACGGCACGGUCCCCUUACCUUUUGAGAUUCUGGGAGGAGCAUGUGCCGGAGGAUCCCAGGUGAUCUUCACCAACCCCCUGGAGAUCGUGAAGAUCCGUCUGCAGGUGGCGGGAGAGAUCACCACGGGCCCGCGGGUCAGUGCACUCUCGGUCAUCCGAGACCUCGGCUUCUUCGGCCUCUACAAGGGCGCUAAGGCCUGCUUCCUGCGUGACAUCCCCUUCUCGGCCAUCUACUUCCCGUGCUACGCUCACACCAAGGCCUCGUUCGCCGACGAGGACGGCCGCGUGGGGCCCGGCAGGAUGCUGCUCGCCGGGGCACUGGCGGGCAUGCCCGCCGCAUCCCUGGUGACCCCGGCUGAUGUUAUCAAGACCCGACUACAAGUGGCAGCCCGCGCGGGCCAGACCACUUACACUGGAGUCAUUGACUGCUUCUGGAAGAUUCUACAUGAAGAGGGCCCUCGGGCCCUCUGGAAAGGAGCCACAGCUCGAGUGUUCCGAUCCUCGCCCCAGUUCGGAGUCACACUGGUGACCUACGAGCUCCUGCAGCGCUGGCUCUACGUUGAUUUUGGGGGACAAAAGCCGCCUGGCUUGGAGCCUCCUCCCAAGUCUCGCAUCAGCCUGCCGGCGCCCAAUCCCGACCACAUUGGUGGUUUCAGGUUGGCCGUGGCCACGUUCGCUGGCAUCGAGAGCAAGUUCGGGCUGCAUCUGCCACGCUUCAGUGUGCCCGUCCCCCCGGACUUCGCCUCCUGCGGGCACCCCUGAAGCGCCACAGGCCUGCCUGUAGGGGGCGACACUGGGCACUCCAGGCCCUCCAUCACAACCCCCCCCCCCCACACACACACACACACAAAAAAAAAACCUUUCUGCCCGUCUCUCUUUGCCAGGGACAGCGUCACGCUAAACCAUCAUUUUACACGCCGCUGUACUUAGAGCAACAAAAAAAAAAAAAAGAAAGAAAAGGAGAAUCAUAGCUUUCUGAAAGUCAAAACAAAAAGGGAUGUGUGCUCUCAAAAGAACAUUCUAGACAUUUCUGAUCUUAUGCUUCCAACCAUAAGACUGUUUUUAAGACUGUUUCCUCCAGCCCAAAGAAAUCCCAAAGGGCAUUUAUAUAGUUGUUCCAGUAGGAUUCUCUCCUCAGUGCUUAUUAUGGAGAUCCUAAGAUGUAUACUUUUAAGAGUUGUAUGUUAUUGUGGAAUAAUAGAAAUGGUUAUAGGAUUUAAAUAUUAAUCAUAUGUAUUUUUGUAUGUCAGUGAACAGAUUAUUUUUGCAUCACUGGCAGUGACAACUACUACAUGGCCCACAAUUUAUCUGGUUAUCAUUGAUGGACUAUAUGUCGAUUAUCUCACCGUAAACAGUGAACGAGCCUAUAUCAAUAGGCCCCAUUGGAACACAAAAAAUAUAUAUUUUAAUGGAAUAAGAGACUCCAUGAGUUUACAAAUAGCUUAAGUAUAUCAGGAUAUUGAUAUCAGAUUGAAGAGAUGUAUUUUUGUAAGGUUAGUCGAGAACCUGACCUUUAAUGUUUACUUGUUGUUGUAUGCCCCUGACACUUUGAGACUACCUAGCAAUAGAAGCACUUACUUAGCCCACUGCCGAUGGAAUGUGUUAGAAACAUGGUAAGCACACUAGCAAUAGAAACGUACUGUAGAACUGUGAAGACAAAACAGACAAACAAAACAGCACUUGAAUGUCAUGUCGUUUUCAGUGUCCACCGAGCUCUCGUGCAGACGGCGUGAGGGUGUGACUGAAACCGUCACCGUUUCUGUAGGGUCACACACAUGGUGUCUCUGAAGCAGCACUAAAGUGUAACACUAUGGUCUGGUGCCCUCAGCUUUUUGGAGUGAACAUGAUAGAUGGAUGUAAAUUGUAGAAUGUACAUAGUGUGUAAGGAGUUUGUGCCUUACUGUAAGUAUGGCAGCAAUAUAUGUAUAUGUACUGUAUGUAUUCAUGCA